GGUAGGGAGUCUUCUUCUGCUUUCUGGACAUGAUCAUGCUCAGUAACAGCUGUUGGUCCAGGACAUUCAUCAGGAUACCAGAACCUUGAGAGAUGAAGAUUUAGCUGCGUAAUUUUCAGGAAGAUUAAAUGGACGUUUUAGCAGUGUUCUGCCUUGUCUCUGUAGUUUUUACAGGUUUAACCGAUGGAUCCGGCGUGUUGCCAAAUGAGUCUCUGGUCGCAGCUGUGGGAAAGAAAGUGCGUUUCGAUACCAUACUGCCUAACACAGUAGCACCACCAUGGACGUCCGUGGCCUGGACCUUUACUGUUGACGGGGUGGAUAACCCCAUAAUAACAUCCACUACCAUAAACAAAACUGGACCGGCGUAUGAAGGCAGGAUCACCCUCUUCAUCGAGACGGGGUCUCUCGAGCUCAGGAACCUGGCUCUGAAUGAUAGUGGAGAAUACAAAGUUAGUAUCAUAACAGGUGUCGGGGACCAAAUCACUGGAUCCACCACACUGCAGACACUUGAUCCAGUCUCUAAUGUAAUGUUAUUGGUCGACGGCACCGACCUGGUGGAGUUUAACAGCACGGUCCGUCUGUCCUGCUCUUCGUCUGGAUCGUCCAUCUCUUUCGUCUGGCUGAACAGCAGCUCCGAGGUCAUGGCUAGCGACAGAGUUCAUUUCACUGACCAAAACGCCACUCUCACCAUUGCUGGCGUAACCCGUUAUGACCAGGCGGCGUUCGCGUGUCGGGCGUCCAAUGCUGUCAGCGAAGGCAUCAGUGAUCCACAGAAUCUUUUUGUCAGCUUUGGUCCGGAUGAUGUACAGCUUAAAGGACCUUCACCGGAACAAUACUUUGCCGAAGGAUCAAACAUCAUCCUUUCCUGCUCUGCUGAAUCCAGACCACCUGCUGGCUUUUCCUGGGCUCUUAAUGGAGUGCAGCUAUCGCACAUCGAACCAAACCUAUCGUUGAUAAACAUUCAGGAAAACCAGAGUGGAAAUUACAGCUGUUUGGCUUCGAACAGCAGAACUUUAAGACACAAAGCAUCGCAGCCCCUGUCUAUAAAUGUGCUAAAGAACAUCUUGGACGCAUCAAUCGUGGUGACGACAAGUCAGCCGAUUGAGGGGAUGGCGGUGAAUCUUACCUGUGAUGCAGCUGGCUCAGUCUUCACCAGAGAGUGGAAGAAGAGCGGCUCAGCCCUGGUCCUGGAUGACCACAUGGCGCUGCACGAAAAAGGCAGAGUCUUGUCCUUCCGCGCUGUGAGGAGAACCGACAGCGGCCCGUAUUCCUGUAAAAUAAGCAACCCCAUCAGCAUGGAUGACGUCACAUACGACAUGGUCGUUAACUAUGGGCCAGAGUCUGUCAAAAUAUGGGGACCGACGGAGAUAUACGUGGAGCAGACUUUGACGUUAACCUGCUCUGCUACGUCUGUUCCAUCUGCCACCUACACCUGGACUUCUCAGAAUCAAUCAGAGAUACACAAUAGCUCCACAUUUGUCAAAAGCAACGUUGACUUUUCUGACAGUAAAAGCUAUUCCUGCAUUGCAUCAAAUAUUAUAACUGGAAACUAUGCAUCUGCUGAACAUAAGCUGGCUGUAAUAGAGGCGAGUACAUCUCCGUGCGGGGCUGGUUGUAUAGUCGGAAUCGUACUUGCAAGCUUAGUCAUCUGUGGAGCAGCUGCUGGUGGAGGAUACUACAUUUACAAUAAACCGAAACGGUCAAAGAAUCGUACCAGCAGAAACACCUCCACCAGAACAGUUGGUGGAGGCCAAGACGGCACAGCAGACACAAACAAUGAGGAGUUGAACUACGUGGACCUUCGUAUUUUACGGAGAAAGGAGGGCUGCAGGGCGGCCCAGCUUGUACCGCAGAAUAACUCGUCAGAAUACGCAGAGAUCCGAGUGAACAAGAAGCCUCCUGUGGCGUCCUCCCCUCCUACCUACGACAUCCACAUACAGAGGACAAAGAGGCCAGCUCCUCAGCCAUUUGAUACGAAUGAAAUCCAAAUCUAACAUCGCGUUCAAUCAUGCUCAAACUGGUCUACAGUGAACACGUUGUCACGGAGACACAGUCCCUUAAUGGUGCGCUAAUGGCUUGUGUGUGCAUAGUCAACUUGAGCAUCAGUUAAUCAUUUGUCUCUUUGACUGACAUGAUUCGUAUAUAUUAAGUACACUGAGGAAACUUUCAUACGCCCUCUAACGAGUAGUACAAUUUAAAAACAAACCAAAUUUUCAGGAUAAUUAUACCUCAACAAUCACACAAGAAGGUUCCACCAUGUCACAUGAAAUGCCAAAUCAGCACUUUCGCAAAUGUAAUGAGAUUUCAGCUCAAUGAGUAUCAAAAGAAUACACUCCACAA